AUGGAGGCCACGUCCCUAGCCCAAGUCGACACGCUCUACUCGGCCGACUCGAUCGAGUUCUGCCCGCAUCCCGGCUUCGAGAAGUGGUUCACGUGCGGGACGUACCAGCUGCUCAAGCCGGACGAGCAGGCCAAGGCGGAUGUGGAGGCGAGGGCCGAGGGCGCCAACGCCGAAGAGGCUACGACGGUGAAGGUCGGUCACUCCGACUCGGACAACGACGAUGACGAUGAUGCCGAAGAGUAUACACCCCCCGCACCCCGCGUCGGCAGGCUGUACCUCUACUCGCUAGACGACACGACGCCAACCGAGGCACAGCGCAUCGAGACCGCCGCGAUCCUCGACGCGAAAUGGUCCCCACAUACGCCCGCUACCCCCGAGCUGGGCGUAGCGGACGCGAAGGGCGGGCUGAGCGUGUUCUCUCUUGCGGACGGUGCGCUGUCCUUGAGCGAGCGCUACGAGCUGGCCGACGAAGAAACCCUCGUCCUCUCGCUCGACUGGUCGUCCUUCCGCCAAGGCGAGAUCAUCACGAGUCUGUCCGACGGGUCGCUGGCGCACGUCGUGCGCCGGCCGAGCGGCAUGGAGACGCUCGCAACAUGGCACGCGCACGAGUUCGAGCCGUGGAUCUGUGCGUGGGCCGGGCCCGAUAGCGUGUGGUCGGGCGGGGACGACUGCAAGCUCAAGCGCUGGGACGUGCGCGUGCCCGACGUGCCCGUGUUCGUGAACCGGCGCUUCGACGCCGGCGUGACGACUAUCGCUCCCUCGCCGCACAGCGAGCACCUCCUCGCCGUGGGCAGCUACGACGCGCACCUGCGGAUCUUUGACGCGCGCAAGGCGACCACGCCGCUCGUAGAUGUCGAGUUGCCGGGGGGUAUUUGGCGCACGCGGUGGCAUCCGAGCGCGGAGCGCGCGGGGGAUAUCCUCAACGCUACGAUGCAUGGCGGGUUCGCCGUCGUCCGCCUCCCUGGCGCGCUGGCGACUGCCGACGACCCGCAGGGGAGCCACGAGGCCGAGAUCAUCAAGACUUUCCCUGGGACGCUCGGGUACGGCGCCGACUGGUGUAGGCGUGACGACGGCGACGAGAGCGUAGUCGCGACGUGCUCGUUCUACGACCAUGUCAUGCAUGUGUGGCGGGCGUGA